CCGCCUCAAAAUGAAACUUGAUGAUUUCAACGCUGUGGCAGUUUCGGCCGCCACAAUGCUUGUCCCGACGUUUUUGUUCACGGUCAUUUUGGGGCUCAUUCUGAAUUCUUCGGAAAAAAGAUCUUCGAUGUCCGGAAAAAUCACAGCGUGUCAGUGCAUCACCGUGAUGAUCGGAUGCUUAUUCACGGGUAUAACAGCUGCCAUGUUCACCACGUUUCCCUUCAGAAAGAGCGUUCAAGACGGAUAUUUACACGCGUUGAUAGGAUUUUUCUACUUCAAUUCUCACUUGUGGCUCUGUGUGUUUUGUUUUGAAGUGUAUUACAACUUCAGGAGUCUUAAAAGCAUGAUUAAAUACGAUUCAAGUAAUCGGAGAGUAGCGACAUACGCUGUUUUGACUAUUGUGUUAUCAUUAGCGUUAACAUCAGGCGUUGAAAUUUUGCUGAAUAGCGGAAAAGUGGAACCAAAUAGCAUAGGAGUGCUCGCUUGUUACGGAGUGCCGGCAGCGUUUAUCGCAAUUUUCAGCUUGAUGUUUUCAACUGUGGCCAUUUUCAGCGUUUUAAAGUUGGUGCGUCAGCAAGACUCGUCCCAAUCAUCCACUCCACAAAAACUGACGCCAAUCAACAUGCUAAUUUGGAUGCUGAUCAUUCAUACAUUUUUUGAAGCGGCUUUGGUUUAUACCGUCAUGAUAAGCAUAUGGGAACCCUUGAUUUUGUCCACGGUGCUGCUGAGGAGAGUUUUUUCUUCCAUGGUGUACCUGAUUUUGACAAAUAAAAAGUAGAGCAUCCAAUAAAGUCAUAUUUGUUCUGUG